AUGGCCCCGCGGCAACCUAGCCCCGCUUCGUAUAUUUACUAUGAAAAAGUGCACCCAACUGGUUCACAAUUGACGUCAUCAAAGCCGUUGAUGAGGAACUGGACAGAAGAAGAGGCGAGUAAGAGAGACAACAUUGAAUACCAACAUGGACGAGGAACAGGCUUGAUUGACGACGACAUAUCUGCUAACCACAGAAGGGAGGUGAUCCACACACCUGACGUUCCUCCAAGAUCAAAGAGGAAGCAAAGUAAAAGAGCUAAAGCUUCAGGUUCUAGCAUGAAAACGCCGAGUUCAAUGGAUGAUUCAAGAAUGGAGGUCAUGGUUGAGCAGAUUCUGAUUAAACCGACCAAUCACAUAGACACAUCAAUAAGCAAACAUAUGGACAAAUUUGCAGACGUAUCUGCUCAGAAAGUCCUAAAAAUGCUUAACGCGAAAGGAGUUGCGUACAGGGCAGGCAAGGCUGAUAUGUCUGAUGACGAAGAUCAGGAGGUGGAAGACAAAAAAGAAGGAGCGGCCUCCACACCUAGCCAUGGCGGCCUUCCGCCUAAAGAUUUCAUGGACAAUGACGACAUCAAGUCAGACGGCACUGCAUCAUUUUUGAAUUCAGUUAAGGAUCAACAUGACGAUGAAUUGGAAGAUGCAAGUAAGAAGAGUGAGCCGAUGGAUGAUUCGAACUUCGUGACACCCACCGACAAGAAGAAGACUGCUAAUGCUGGGUACACGACACCAGCGCCUAAGCACGGAGACACCCCUGAAGUACCCAUAAUCAUCGACGACAAGGCUACACCUGAAUCGUCCUGCUCGGCAACUAUUGAUUUAACUCUUCCAGAUGCAUUAGAAGAAUUUGAUAGCUUGAACACGAUCUGCCGGAAAGCGAUAGAAAGUGGGAAGAAGGAGGAGAAAAAAGAUGAUGUAUGUGGCAAAAAGGAGGAGAAAAAGGAAGAUGUCUCUGGGAAGCGCAAACGCAAAGCUCCUCGCAAAUUAAGUUCCCCAAGCAUUGUGAUGACCGAGAACUGUCCUAAACGGUUUCCACGCGCAGUCAGAAAAGGUCCUGAUGCUUUGUUCAACAACGAAUAUGCCACGGACGGAUCAAAUCCGCUGACACCGGAGAUAAUUGACGCGGCUGCCGAAAGUAAGACUGUGUACGAGAAUGCAGACGGGGCUGUGGCGAGGGCUGAAUUUCUUAAACCUAUCCUUGACCGUGGAUGGCUGUGCGGCACUGUCAUUGAGUGUUACUUGGCUGAGCUGAGAUUAAAAUUGAAGGAUAGGACAAUAUGCCCUGCAUGGAGGGCAAAUUCUAUAGUCGAAAAUCGACCGAGAAGGCAGCGAUGGAAAAAGAAAAACCUUGACACGACGGAUAUUGCAGAAAUGUCAAGUUGCUACGAAAGAUGCGAGCUGGAAUAUUUUGGCACUAACAAGGCUUAUUUCUCGGUUAACAUUUCCAAAUGCCACUGGUUCACCGUCGUCAUGCACAGUGACAAGAAGGAAUUUCAGGUGCUAGACUCGUUAUGGCGCCUUGAGCAGAGCAAGGAUUUUGUGGAAAAGCUGAGAGAAGAAAUCUUGAAGGACGUCGAGUUUGCGAACAAUGAGAUAUCAACAAAGAAGUAUCCAGACGUUUCGAAAUGGGAAAUUAAAAGAUACCCAAUACCUAUGCAAAGUGAUACGAACUCAUGUGGACUGUUCCUGUUAGCAUGUAUGGAGCACUGGGAUGGAGAUGAACUAACGGCCGAAUUUUCGCAGGAAACGAUAAACAAGAACAGGAAUAUGACUGCCGCCAAAAUUAUAAUGGCAGAAUCAAACAUGCACGAGAAGGCGAAGAAGGAUGUCCUUGACAUCGCGGCGAAAGCACGUGCGUAA